AUGCAUCUUCUUCUAUACCUCUCGAUAUUGUUCGUUGGGAGCACUUCAGCCGCUCCACAAGUGUUAUAUCUCAAUAAUUUCUAUGCAGUGGCUACAAAUACAAUUUGGAAUGUUGAGGAUUAUUCGGCAUUGUAUUUGCCCUGUUUUCCAGUCUUGACUAUUUGGUGAAUCGAAGAAACCCUGACGGCUCCCAAAAACCAUUGAGCAUUGGACAAAAACUCAGUUUCACAACAACAAACAACGAUUUCAUAACUCAAAAACUUUCUGGAUUCGUCUACAUCACAUCCGCAAAACAAGCAGCUGAUACUGAUUUUUCGGUAUUUGUGAUUGGAACAGAUCGCAAAAUCAGUAUCAAUAAAAAAUAUUCAAAACUAUCAAGAACUGUGAUUUUGAACACACUUUACGAUCAAAGUAGUAAUUUCUAUUCACCAAUGAGAACUAGCUAUGUGAAUAAUAUUCAACAAGAUAAAUCGGCAAAACUGUGGCUGCAUUCAGAUAUUCCGGAUGACAGUUAUUCGCAGAAUCCAUCCAAAGGUUCCAUAUUCAACAAUCCAAUAGUAUUUGAAAACCUCGAUAAUAAUAAUAAUGUAUAUCAAACAGAACAGUGAGUCAUUAUCGAAAAAAUAUUGAUUAGGAUUUUUUUUUAGAUUCUUUGAUAAUAUUGAACCACUUCAAAUAUCCUUUGAUUAUUGGUAUAUUUUAUCGAAUGGACAGAUUAGUUUAACUAUUGAGAAAAAAUGGGGUGAGUUAUGAAAUAUUUAACUUUCGCGAACUUUCAAUAAAAAAAUACGUUUCAAAAAUUUCAUAAACUAUGAAAUCACUUCAAUUAUUUUCUAAUCUACUUUACAGACAACUCUCUGGUAACCAACACAACGAGCAAAACAUCAACUGGUUUGAUCAUGAAUCCAGUUCGUGGAUCUUUUGCAAACACUCAAGUCAACUUUGAUUACGAUGCACAGAACCAUAGAACAACUGGAAUGUAUUUCACAUCAUAUAUCAAAUCUUCCAUCGAUGUUGAGUUAUAUUCUACAAAAUCAAUUUUCUAUGAACACUUUGAGGGAGGUCAACCUGUAAUAGGAAUGCAAGUUUCGUCUCAAAACGAUGCUACAACUCUUUUUGUUAAUUCAUCAUCGGUGUUGCCUGGAAUGUUUUCUCUUCAAUAUUUUGUUAUCGAUGGUGCAACGGUUUAA